GAGGCCCAUUUUGAUAAGCUGACCCAAACUCAUCCAUUACGAAAGCGGAUCUAUUAGUUAGCUUAGGGUUUUCCCACAGCAAGCGAAUCUCUUUCAUUUGCCCGCACUAGCAGCAGCAGCGCCACACUCUUCACAGUGCUGAUCAACCAUGGCGGAGCAGACCGAGAAGGCAUUUCUAAAGCAACCCAAAGUGUUUUUAAGCUCCAAGAAAUCUGGGAAAGGGAAGAGACCAGGAAAGGGAGGAAACCGCUUCUGGAAGAGCAUUGGUUUGGGCUUCAAAACCCCUCGUGAAGCUACUGAAGGAACCUACAUCGACAAGAAAUGCCCAUUCACCGGCAUUGUUUCCAUCAGGGGUCGCAUUUUAGCCGGUACUUGCCAUAGUGCCAAGAUGAUAAGGACAAUCAUUGUUCGACGGAAUUACCUACAUUAUAUCAAGAAAUACCAAAGGUACGAGAAGAGACAUUCAAAUAUCCCUGCACAUAUUUCUCCAUGCUUCCGUGUGAAGGAAGGAGAUCAUGUCAUUAUCGGGCAAUGCAGGCCGUUGUCAAAGACUGUGAGGUUCAAUGUUUUGAAAGUGAUUCCUGCUGGAUCUUCUGGUGGAGGGAAGAAAGCUUUUACUGGAAUGUAAGGUGUAACUGUUUUCAAUCAUAGUUCGGGUUGUAGGAACAUAAGGAGAAGACAUUAAAAUCCCUGAACUGCCUCUAGAUAUGAAGAACCUGGGACUAUUAGAUGUUUUUAUGUUUUUGUUUUUCCUUUCCUAUUACUUGUUAUGUUUGGAUUUGUCUUGUUAUGACAACUGGAAUUUUGAAGGUAUCCCCUAUUCUAGUAUGAUCCUGUUCUCUGAAGAA